ACUUGUAAAACCCAUUGUGUUUAUAUCUUUCCCAAUGUAAUUAUAGAUCAGAAGUGAUGUGUCAUUUGUGAUUGCCAAAAUAGGUGUGAACUUCAUUAAGUUUUGCUUUAAUCUGUAAAGGUAGAGGUGAACCUUAUUGUGAUGGCCAAGGUAGGUAUGAACUUCAUUGUGAUGGUUAAGUUUCGCUUUAAUCUGUAAAGGUAGGGAUGACCCUUAUUGUGAUGGCCAAGUUUCAUUACUACCUGUCAUGGUAGGUGAUGAUCAGAUAUCAGUGCAACUUUUCUUGGUAUACGUGCAAAUUUCAUUGCCCUCUGCUUAAUUUUGUAGAACUUAUCCAUAUAGACUUGUUUAUACCUAAGAUAUUAAGGUAAUGAAUUUUUUUUUGGGGGGGGAGGAAAGAAAGAUUUGAUUUCUUUUUUAUUUACAUGUGAUUUUUUUAAUUAGCUUCUUUUUAUUGUUUAAGGCAAGAAUUGGAUGAUGUAACAGAGCCUGAUCGUUAUCCAGAACGUUUUACGGUGACAGUAAACAUUUUUGUGUCGGAUGUGGACCGCACACCGCCUCAGCCUCCUCCCUGGGUAGCAAGACCAUCAACCUCAUUCAACCCUCAUGUAGCAUAUACAACAGCUAUUGAGAUGGAAGAAACGAGGGACAAAUUUGCAGCAAGUGCACAUGGCUCGCCUGCAACUAGGAGACAAGAUUCCCUCCCCAAAUCAGGAUCAGUUGCUCCCCAAGUUUGUAGAGCAGACUUUAUGGCUGCAGUCAGUGGAGGUGCAAAACCAGAACAAAAUCAGGCAGGUGAGGAGGUAGAGGAUCUCAUAUCAGAUGAAGAAGAUACUCCAAUUUGUGAACCAGAAGCUACUCUAUUAUCUGAUACCAGUAGUUCAAAAGAAGCAGAUUUACUUAAUUGGGGAUUUUCAAACCAAAGUGCAACAAUAAAUAUUGAUCAAGUUGCGAAUGAUACGAAUUUGCUUGACAUUGCUGGUUCAGAGGGCAUGAAAAGAGACCCUAGUAACUUUGAUCUCCUCAGUGGUAUUGGUAGUGGUAGGAAUGAACCCAGUGCAAAUUCUUCCAUUAAUUCUGCAGAAACAGUGAAUGCUCAGGAAAAUUUGUUUGAUCCCUUUGGGACAUCAUCGGCUGAUUUGCAGCAUUCGAGUGGACAAGCACCCACAGAGGAUCUCUUUGGCCAGUUACCUUCAACACAGCAAACACAGCAAAAUAAUCUUUUUGGGCAGCUCGGGGGACCGGCAAUGGGUGGUAUUGGCCCAAUGGCACCUUCAGGCAGUCCUAUGAUGGGUCCACGAAUAAUAGGAGGAGCAACUAGUCCAAGUAAUACAGUUGGAGGUGGCUUUAUGCGUCCUCCAGCACCACAACAGCAGCAGAAUAAACCUGCUGAUCCAUUUGCUGAGCUAGGGAAUUUGGCAGGUAUAAGUGGAUGGGGUGGAUCUAAGCCUACAACACCUAAGGGUGGAACUCCUGCAGGUGGAACACCCUUGGGUGGUAGCACCCCUGUCAUGGGUUCACCACAGCACCGUCCACAGAUGGCUGGAAUGUGGCAGGGACAGACACCAGGUUUGAUGGGAGCACAACUAGGUGGUUGGCAACAGUCAGCUAGACCACAGCAGCCACAGCAACCACCACAACCACAGCAAUCACAGCAACCACCUCUGCCAUCACAACCACAGCAACCACCAUCUGCAGGGAAAACACCAACAGGUACUCCUCAUCACCAGAUGAAAUCUCCAAGUCAGCCCAAUUAUGGACGUGUUAAUUUUGAUGCUGCUGGUAAAAAUGUGGGGGGUACCCCAAAGGGCAGGGUUGGUGAAGAUGCUUUUGGAGACCUACUUGGCUCUCAAGGGUUCAGCUUCAGCAGUGGGAAGGACUCUGGUCCUCGUACCAUGGCUGAGAUGAAGAAAGUGGAAUUAGCAAAAAGUAUGGAUCCAGAGAAGCUUAAGGUAAUGGAAUGGACUGAAGGUAAGAAGAAAAAUAUACGGGCAAUGUUGUGCUCCCUUCAUGCCAUUAUCUGGGAAGGCUGCAAGUGGAAUGAGUGUGGCAUGCAUCACCUGGUUCAGCCAAAUGAUGUUAAAAAAAUGUACCGUAAAGCAUGUCUUGCAGUACAUCCAGACAAGUGUACGGGGACAGAACACGAGUCUCUUGCUAAACUCAUAUUUAUGGAAUUGAAUGAUGCAUAUUCAGAAUUUGAAAAUGACCCCAGCCAGCAGCAGAUUUUUAAGUAAGAAAUGGUAAGAUUAUUUAUUUAUUUGAAGAGGUAAAAUUUAUUUUGAUAUUUCCAUUUUAUGGUAUUAUAGAAUGGAAAUUGUUGUUAAAAACAUUCUGAGAGUUUAUUUAUUAUUAUUAUUAUUAUUAUUAGUGCUGUAUAUUCAUUAUGUUUUAGCUUUUAUUUUAGUAAAUAUUCUUUUUUUUUUUUUCUCAAGAUGUGUUUUCAUAGUUUGUGUGCCAUUUAGGCAGAGGCUGAUGCUUUAGAAAAUGCAAACACUCUAUCAUUCCAUUUCCCAAAAAUAGGGGCAUUUGUCAGUAUUGUGACAUUCUAAGUUGUUGGUAGCUUUUACAAUACGAACAUAUUUUCUGAGUUAACCUUGUAAGAAAGAAUUUGUAUUUACAAUUUUCAUGAUAUUGAAAUAUUUAUUGUUAAAUACACCUACCAUCCGACUUAUGACCGAGUUCGGUUCCGAGAAACUGGCCGUAAGUCGAAAUGGACGUAAGUCGAACUUUACUACUGAAUAUCAACAUCACAUUUUUGAAAUGACUUUAUUUUAUUGUUUUAUUUUGGUAUUUCAUGUUUUACUUUACUUUUUAUGCUGUUAGUACUGUAUUUUAUACUGUAAGGUUUAGGAUAAACACUGUGUACAACACACAUAGUUGUUUAUUUCCCAGAAAUUUGGCAAAGAAAACACGGUCGUAAGUCGAGUGGUCGUAAGUCGAGCAGGUCGUAAGUUGGAUGGUAGGUGUAUAACUAAAGCAGUGACUUUAGAUAACUAUGAGCAUUGUUAUGACACUACUGGUGUAAAUUUUAUAAGUCUGAAUAGGUGCUGAAAGUAUGUUAGUGUAUGUAGUAGGCUGUAAAGAAUGCUUGAAUUGAAUUGUCCUUAGUUCUGUUGAUAGUUACCAGUUUUAUGCCACAUUUGUAUGAACUAGAAGCUUCAGAUUUUUAUAUGAAUAUUACAAAUGGUGGCUUGAAAACUAAUUUUAAGAUAUUGAAAAGAACUUCUCAUAUUUUAGUUAAGCCUUGAUUAUUGUCAUUGAUGCCGUUCUUCCCAGUAGCAUAUAUUGUGCUAUACUAAACAUGGUUUGUAUUGACUCAUCAAGGCUGUAGGAUUGUCUGGUACAUUUACAUAUUGUCUCCAGUAUGUAUGUGUGUAGCCAGUAUAUCUCAUUUCUGUGAUAUCUAAGUUUAUGUUGACCUUUUCUAGAAACAUUUAUUUUAUAAAAGUUGUAUCAAAAUACAGACUUAAGUAGGAUAUAAAUUGCUGUAGAUAAAAAAUUAAUUUCUGAAGGUAUUUGAAAAAUCUUGUCAGACUAUGAAUAUAAUUUUGUGUAAAUAUGUGUGUGGUGUCUGGUAAUGUAGCAUUAUUAAUUUUUAACCAUAAUUUAAAAUAUUAUCACUAGUAAGUUAGCUAAUAUGAAAUGUAUCAUUGAAAGUAACUGAGUAUAACUUUUAUAAAAUACAUAACAGUUAAAAACAGAAAGUGAUACAUAUGAAUACUGUAGAUGCAUUCAAGCAUGUGAAGAACACUAUAAUCUAUAUCCUUUGAUGUUGGAUAAGGCCUUGAGCCAUUUAGGUUGUGCUAACUCCAGAAUUUUAGGAAAAAAUUCUUUUCUAAUUUGUUGCAGAAAAAUAGUUCCAUUUCUUGAAAAGAGGAAAAUAAGAGCAUUAAUACUGAUAGUCUUAAAGAAUUUAAAUAAAUUUAACAUGGCUUUUUUAGCUUUAUUAUGUAGUGUGUGUAUGUCUAGUGUUUUAGCCAGAGUGGUCAAAAUAGCUGGAUUUUCAUAAAAAAAUAAGUUUAGAAAUCUUCAUAUGGAUUAAAAUAAUUUUUAAAAAUUUCUUCAAUAUUAGUACAAGUUAACAUUUUUAAAUAGUGUAUAUUAAAAAUUACAACUUACAUGCAUGCAUUUACAUAUAUACAAUGCAUGAAUGCAUAUAUACAUCUUUCUACAUGCACAUAGAUAUAUACACACAUGCACGUGAAUACACAAACAUGCACAUAGAUAUAUACACACUUUUUUUUUUCAACAAACCAGCCGUAUCCCACCAAGGCGGGGUGGCCCAAAAAGAAAAACGAAAGUUUCUCUUUUUAGAUUUAGUAAUUUAUACAGGAGAAGGGGUUACUAACCCCUUGCUCCUGGCAUUUUGGUCGUUUCUUACAACACGCAUAGCUUACGGAUGAAGAAUUCUGUUCCACUUCCCCAUGGAGAUAAGAGGAAAUAAACAAGAACAAGAACUAGUAAGAAAAUAGAAGAUAACCCAGAGGGGUGUGUAUAUAUAUGCUUGUACAUGUGUAGUGUGACUUAAGUGUAAGUAGAAGUAGCAAGACGUACCUGAAACCUUGCAUGUUCAUGAGACAGAAAAAUGGACACCAGCAAUCCUACCAUCAUGUAAAACAAUUACAGGCUUUCGUUUUACACUCACUUGGCAGGACGGUAGUACCCCCCUGGGUGGUUGCUAUCUACUAACCUACUACCUACAAUACACACAUAUAUGCACAAACAUGCACAUAGAUAUAUACACAGUACAUGCAUACAUGUACACAUGCUGAUUUGCACAUGAAAACAUACUUUAGAAGCAAAACAAUUCUGGUUUAUAAUGCAACCAUCAUUGUGCCACACAAGCCAAGUCUAAAGUGUUGAAAUAGCUCCACUAAAAUCAGUCACAUCUUAAGAAAAUAAUCUUAUUUCAUUGAUAAAUAAUUUUAACUAAAUUUAGGCUGACCUAAGAUAAAUUUGGCAGGAUUAAACUUAAGCAGUGAAAGCUAAGGUUACUAAGUUAAUUUUGCUGUAAAAUAAGUUUUACAUAUAUUACCUAAGUAAAAUACUGUAUAUCUGUUAACACACAAUUUUUAAAGAAUCUAUUAUUAGGGUAGUUUGGUUUGCUUGACUGACUCUGCCUAAAAUGAAUGACACACACAUACACUAGAGUAGCAAUGGAAUACGCAGAAGUGGUAUGGUGUCUGCACCUAAACAAAACAUGUGAAUAAGUAAAAUGUCCAAAGGCUAGUUACAAAACAGCUUCCAAAACUAAAAACAAAAAAAUACAAAGAAAGGCUGAGACUUGCUGUCUUUGGCUGACUGGAGGAAAAGAGAUGACAUGAUAACCACAUGUAAGAAUAUAAAAAGAUAAGAAAAGUUGAUAGAGAAGGCUUUCUAACACAUAGCUCAUGGAGAACUAGAAGCAUUAUUAAAAAAUUAACAAAGAAGAGGUCCUGAAUGGACACUAAUAGAAUAGUAGAAUAAUUAAAAGGGUUACAAGAAAAGGAAGUAAGUUCUACAACUGAUGGAAUCUUGUUUAGAAAGCUUUAUGAUAGAUUUCUGAAGAUGGGAUGCCACAGGCUGUGUUCUGCUGUAGCUACAAGUUUGUACAUAAUUGCAAAUAGGUAAUUACUUUGAGCCAUAUUUCUGGGGAUUGUAUCAGCAGCAGUUCCUGUUGGGACACUUACAUUUUUUAGGUUUGUCUCAAGACACUGCAAUAAACAAUGUAUGUAUCAGGCAAUGGCAACAGCACAAAACUUCUCUGCUGCAAAUAGCCGAGUUACUAUCUGAUUCACUCCAGACAGGUUCAUAUAGAUCCUUUGGGAAUCUGACCUGGCAUGACAAAGGAAGAAAGGGGUACCCUGUAUUGGCUGAAUAUUGUAGGCAUAGUGUGGUAUGGUUCAUGCUAGUAUAAAUAAUAGGAAGUACCAUACCAAGUUGGCCAUUAAGGGUGCUUACUUAGGUUAAGCAGAUGGUUCUCUAGUCCUGACACCAGUGGGUUCCACAUGUGUCUAUGAAGAGUUUGUAUGUGAUUUCACAGGAAAUUAUGAUGUUCACUGAAAGAUUACAAAUUAAGUAGUGUAAUGGAAAAAACUAUUGAUUUACUUGCAAACUUCAAAAUUGUGGAAACUGAUUGAACCCCUAUCAACACAUUAGGUAUUUUACACAGGCAUUGACAAAAGCUGACAAGUGAAAAUAGGCACUGAUAGCAGAGAAUCCUUUUAACAUCAGGUUUUAUCCAAGCUUUUGAUGAAACAUAUUAAAAGGAGUCUCUGCUACCGUUGUUAUUAUUACCAGGUAUUUUACAUUUAUGUGUAUUCACUCAUACAAAGUAUGAAGAAUUCUUGUGGCAUCAAAGCCCUUAAAUACGGUAGCAUCAUAUCUGUGUCUGAUAACUAGAAUUCUUAGGAUUAUAAGUGUGCAUGAAACGUUAUUGUAUGUUAUUGUUCUAUGAAGAAAUAUAUGCUUCUUAUUUGUAAGUAAUUGUUGAGAACAUUAAUAAAUAAGGCAAAGAAGACUCAUGCCCAAUCCAUUCAUAAUUCAGUGUUGAUAAUUAAACUCAAACUUUAUUAUGAAUUUAAGCUAGGUAAAUAGAUUUAUUAAUACUAUUUAAAGGCAAAUAAUGAUACAUACUGUAUAUUUAUAUAAAUGCUAGUUCAUAACCCUAGUACAGUAUUUUAUACUGUAUUAGAAAUAAGGAAUCACUCCAUAUGGAAGGAUGCUGUAUUGGUCACAUAGUAAUGCGCAUGAAGCUCAAAACUGCAACAAAGACAUUCUGUACUACCCAAGAGACUGCAAUCUUUUGAUUUUUUCAGAUGAUUUAUUUUUUUUUACAUUAGCUGUUUUCUACCAAGGCAGAUCAACUCAAAGAGGGAAACACAAUCACCAUCUUUCAUUCACUGGCUAUAUUAUCGGAAGUGUAAAGACAUCACAAUUAAAAUAACCCUCUGUAGUGCAGAUUAACUACUCAUCCUUCAGAGUCCAGGCUCUGUACUUCCCACCUACAGAACUUAAAUUCAGCUAAUAAAAUAGAUAUAUCAGUAAAUGCCAUCACUGAUUCUACCAUCUACACAGUUUCCAAUAACUUAGCUAAGUGAAAUUAUCUAAGUAGUCUUAGUCAAGCAUAAUUCAUCAUUUUGUUUAUGAAUAGGCUUUAAUAUUUGUCACAGACUUGAAAAAUAUCAAAAGUAUUUGCUCUUAAAAUUAAAAUUUUACUUUUAAAUCAUGAUGUUUAAAUUAUGUUCUAUUAGUGAACAGCCCCUGUUAGGGGCAGAUUGGCAGACCAUGCUCCUCCUAUAUGCAGCCUCAUGGCAUUCCAGGCUAGAUUAUGGCUACCAGUUCUACUUGGCCAGCUCUUCCCUUCUGCUCUAGUUAAAUCCUGUUCAUAACCUAUGGAUAUGGCUUUGCAUAGGUGCAUUCCAUACUUUUCUGUCAAGAGUUUCCAUGUUAAGUCUGGUGAGCUUUUCCUGGAUCUCUGCCAUGAGAGGCUGGAUCUUUGCUAAUUGUUUUGGGUUUGGCAUGUACCUGGCAACCCAGCUUGUGCUUUGAUCUUCAGAGAAUAUCGAGAAGAUCCCUUUGGUGUGUAAGACUUCUUUGCCAUUUGGUGUUUAGAUUCAAGCUGCUCUCUUGGAUUGUGACAGUGAUGUGUCUGCUGUCAGAGAGGAUGACUUCUUUUGCUGCUUUCCUUGAAUGGUACCUGAGGUACAUCUAUGUAGGCAGUGGAUAGAAAGCCCUAAGUGCCAAGCUUGGGUCAUGUUGUUACGGCAUUAUUUUGUUCAUGCUUCAACAAUAAAGGUUUUUACUGACAGGUUAAAGAGUGAGGGGUGUUGUUGGUUUUUUGAUCACUGGUGAGGACUCUCAUUGUGCUAUUACUAAGCAAGUCUUUAUUGCAGAGAUCCAUGCAAUCCUUGAUGUUUUUGUCCUGUUAGCUGGCUUAGUUAAAUCUCGAUGCACUCUACUCAUUUUCCCAGUGUGCUCUUUUUGCCCUUGUCCAGUAUGUUUGUCUACCAUGUAGUGCAGAAGAUCCAAGAGUGAUAAGCUCGUCUCCAUGCAUGGCACAAGGAUGUGGAGUCCUGUCAGUGCCCAGGCAAUGUUGGUGUCCUUGAAAAUACAAGGGUAGAUGCUAAAGUGAAGGCUGCCAUUACGCUCUCUCUCUAUAGCAGACUUCUGUCUCGCAGUGAUUUCAUGAGCCAUAUAAAAUGAUAUGUCCUCUGGAAGUGGCAGGCCCAGUGAGCCCUACAGACAAGAAGCUGUAUAACCUUACAGGUUUAGUGUUUAGCAUUAUUUUAUUAUUACAGAUAAGAAGCAAGUUACAAUAUACAGGGCUUGGCAAGAUGUGGGUGCUUGGCCAUCCUCCCUUUCAACAAGAAUCAUCACUUUGAGAUGACUAUCUAUUGAGAAUUGGGCACACACAUCUCACUCAUAGCCACUGUUUGCAGGUGCUCCCUCCCUUCCCCACAGAGGGAGGAGGGGGAAACCUGUAAGAUGAUAAACUAUGUAUUUAUAAAAAUUAUCUGGUCAUUGUACAAGGAAGCAGUCAUUAAUCAUGGGACCGAGUGAGGGUAGUGAUGGCCUGCAGCCUGGAAUUUGGCUGGUAAAUGAUCAGGAGAUGGUCAUUAAACAGGAAAUGGUCCUAGGUAUUUUGGUUAUGUGAGAUUACGUUUUCCAAACAGUCAUUAAGCAGGGGAUCACUGUACAUAAUUAAAAGUUAUAUAUGCAACUUUAGGUAACUUUUAAGCUAACUUCAAGAUACUUUUAUACUUUGGAUGUUCAUACUGUACCAUUCGUUAAAGUACUUUUACACAGGCCACUAACUGGAUAGGUGAUAGCUUGGACACAACACCCUUGGAUAAAAGGAUCUUUAUAAGCCAAGUGCUUUCAGUACCCAACAAGAAUGGGACUUUCAUUGCACAUACACUUGAAUUUGUAAUUGAAGCUAACUUAAUACACUAACUCUAGCUUCUUUAUCAUAUGAACCUGCCUUUGAUUUGAUUUGAUGUGAAUACUUCUCCACUACAUAACCAGUGCUGACAAGUGCAAUAAACUCUCAAAUAACAUCAUUGGUUGGUUUUAAAAGUACUGUGAGUGGGUUGGGUUUAUGAGUGGGUGUGGUUUGGUGUGCAUUGGACCUGUCAAGCAUAGGCCAAUAAACUACUGCAGUGGUCUAUUAAUAUAUUCAGAUGUGACCCACACAGUUAUAGUAUUUUUUUUUUUUUUUGGGGGGGGGGGGGAGGGGGGAAUAUAAUAAUGUUUCCUUCUUUGGGUCACACUACCAUGAUGGAAAACUGCCAGUGUGGUAAAAGACAAAAAUAAUAACCAUAUUACUGACAAUAUGGAAAAAGCAUUUAAAGUAUUUACAGCAUAUGCAAUCCAUUAAUUAUGGUAUUGAUCACAGCUGCUAUAUGAUAUAGAUUUUGUUUUCAUAGGUCCACCUGUUUGUGAUUACUAUACCUAUUUUGUAGCUACAGGAGCAAAACUAUACUCAUGGUGUCCCAUCUUCAGCUUAUAAUAUAUAAUUUUUUUUAACAUUUCCAGUGGUUGUAGCAGUUAGUGCAUUCUCUUCUGAUCCAUAAUAUUGUUCUACCAGAAAACUAGAAAAACUAGACAGACACACAAGAAAAUUAAUUCCAGGAUUAUAAUAUAUGAGCUCUGAAGAAAGACUGAAAUUUCAAAAUGUAUCUUGGAGAUGAAAAAAAAGGCAUAAUAAUCAAUUCCCUUAAAGGAGGUAGAGAGUACAGUAUUUACAGAGCAGUUGGUGAAUGUCAUGAGCUCCAGAAGGCUGCAUGUUACACACAAAGUUUAAAAUUAUGAACAAGAAAAAGAAAAUGGGACACCAUGAGCAUAUUAAGUAACCCUAUGCCUCUAAUAACACACAAGUAAUCACAUACACAUGCAUAACAUAUAUGCAAUUUUUUUUCUGGUCUUUAUACAAAACAGUUACAAAAUAUAAUUAGAGUCUUACACCAGUUUAAGUGAUUAAGCAUGGUUAAUUAAUGUAAAUGACAAACCAAUUUUUGUAAGGCUAAAGAAAAUGGGAAAGUGUAAAUUUUUUACGUAGAAGUGUUCAGAAUUUUUGUUAUAUCAGUUAUGUGAAAUGACAGUAAUAAGUAUUCUGUACAGCCUUGUACAUUUACUUUAUUGUAAAUGAUUUCAGAAUUGUGAACAAUAUACACCACAUGGUUUUCAGUUUAUAUUUUAAAAUGCAUUAGUAUAUUUUCAUACAAAUUUUAUGACAUUGUGUAACCCUUAUGGGUUUAACACAUUUUUGUGAAUACAUGUUAUGAAAAUUUAAGCAAUUUUCAUUCCACUGUGGUGUUAUCACCCUAUAUAAGUGCUUUAGAAGCACAGGGUGAUACUGUUCUAUAAAAACCUGUUGUGUGUCCUAUAUUACCAGCUUGCAUUAAUUACUCUCACUUGUGUACUGACUGAUCUCAGAACGUCCUGUGUUGAGAAGCAGACAUGAAUAAUGUUUACUGGCUUUCACACACUAUUAUGUUGAAUGGCCAACAUUCCAGUGUGUACUUUAAGUUAUAGCAUUUUUGAAUAAUUUAUGCAUUAUUUUAAUAGAAAUGUAGGUUGAUAAUUUACCAUUACUUUGUAAUAAUAUUUUUUUUAUUGUAAUUACAUCUGAAGAUUAAAUUAAUUUAAUCUCUUGUUUUAUUUAUUUACUUCCUUUCAUCCAUUUAAAUUAAAGGUGCAUAUUUAAAUAAUGAAGAUACUUGCUCAAAUGUCCCAAAAUAUUUUAGUGCAUUAUAAUUAUGAUCACAUGGAAUGUGUGACAAAAAUCUGAAGCACUACUGAGAAUAAUGUUCAUAUAGUUCACAGAAAAAAUGUAAUCCAAAGAGCAUUUUAAAUAUGAUUAUUUAUUCAUAGUGGAGAUCAUGAUCUUUCUUCACUUUCAAGAGGGCUUCUAAACUAUAGCAAAGAGGCUCUUGAUCAGUUGACUGGACCUCUUGUCUCAUUCCUUAGAUCAAAUUUACCCCCCCAACCCUCCAUCCCUCUAUUUGAUCUCAUUAGUGGGGAAUUUUUUUUUUUUUUUAUGAAAUCCAGCUCCAAGGCAGGAAAUACAAAUUGUGGACAUCUUUCUAAUAUGUACAGUUAAAUAUAAGUGAUGAGGAUUUAAAGCAUAUCAGAAGAGGCUUUCACAAGUUAUCACAUGGAAUGUGUUAUCCCAAUUUCUUCAAUAAAGCAACAAAUAGGUACAUACAUAGCCCAAUCCCUUGCCCUAUGAUACACCAGCUUAAAAUGUUUCAAGCUAAUCAGAAGAGGCACUUCCUAGUUUUGCACAGAGACCAAUACUCAAAAGCAUCAACAUCUUAAGUUUGAAGUUGCUCAGAAAUUGCAUUCUUAAAAUUAACAGCACUAAAGGCUUGAACCCAGUCAAAUUAGACAUUUGCAAAUUAUUACCUAAGAACCAUUACAGUGGAACUACGAUUUUCAUUUGCCCUGGUUUUUGUCGAAUUUGGUUUUCAACAAUUUUUUCGUCAAAAUUUCGUCCCAGUUUUCGUUGGUCUGCUGUACCGAACGUGUCUGCCUGCCAGCGCCAACACAAAGCAUCCCACACGUUUCGAGUCAGUCUGGCUUUGUUUCUCAUUGAGUGAGCAUUACCCUGAGCAUUCAUCCGAAACAUUUCGUAAUAUCCAAUGUUUUUUGUGCUUGUUUAUUGAGUGCGACUUCUAAAUAAGCCACCAUGGGACUUUGGGGAAGUCCGUAGGGUUGGAUGUGAGUGGCCAGGAUGUGGAAGAGUUGGUGGACGACCACAGGGAAGAGCUAACCACUGAAGAGCUACACCUUCAACUGGAACAGCAACAGAUCACCUCUGAGGAAAUUGCUUCAGAGGAGGAGGAAGAGAGAGGGGAGAAUGUGCCUUCUUCAGUGAUUCAGGACAUGUGUGCAAAGUGGAAUGGGUUGCAAAGUUUUGUGGAGAAAUAUCACCCUAACAAAGCUGUUGCAAGCUGUGUUUGGAACAUGUUCAGUGACAAUGUCUUGUCACAUUUUAGGCAAAUCUUAGAGACGUCAGAAACAGACCUGGACAGAUUUUUUUGUGCGACAGGGGUCCAGUGCCAGUAAAAGACAAAGAAGGGAAGUAACUCUGGAUAGGCGACUUGAUACCUAAAGUUCUCCUGGAGGAGGAUUUCCCUUCCAACCAAUAACCUCUCAUCCUCCCUCUCCCCUUCUCGGGUCUUCCAUACGCCAACAAGAAUCUUCAAUAAAGGUAAAGGUGAUAUUAAAUGUUCGUUUAUCCAUUUCAUUAGUCCUUUAUAUUUAUUUCUCAUUGUUUUCUGUAUGUAAAACUAUAGUUAUUCUCUAUAAAAUGUAUUUUUUGUUAAUACUUUUGGGUGGCUGGAGCUGUAUAGUUCUUGUGGCUUAGCACUUCUUUUUUAUUAUAAUAAUAAUAAUAAUUGGGUGGCUGGAAUGGAUUAAUUGGAUUUACAUUAUUUCUUGUGGGAAAUAUUGCUUCAGUUUUCAUCGAAUUCAGUUUUCGUCAGACUUUCUGGAACAAAUUAAUGACGAAAACCGAGGUUCCACUGUACAAUAUUUCAAUUUUCUGAGUCUUCAAUAAAACUAGCACCUAUACAGCCCAAAAUAAAUUCAAAUCUUUCUCUAAAAACAAUACACCAACAUCUAGGUUUGAGUUUGAUCUGAAAUUGUAUUAUCCAAUUAUUGAAUGGAAACCAGUUUAGUAAAAUUGGAAAAUUAAAACACCCCAAAAGCAAUACAAAGCAUCCUUUGAAGAAAACACAUCUUUAACAGCUCUGUUCCACAAGGCACAGUACUCGCUCCCAUUCUAUUCCUCAUCCUCAUUUCUGACAGAUAUGUAAGCCAUAGCUCCGUGUCUUCCUUUGCGGAUGACACCCGGAUCACCAUGACAGUGACUUCCAUUGAAGACACUGCGAAACUCCAAGCAGACAUCAACCAAAUCUUUGAAUGGGCCAUUCAAAACAAUAUGAAGUUCAACGAGGAGAAAUUUCAACUAUGUACUCAGAUAUGGAAAACUUGAAGAAAUUAAAAAUGUGUCAGGGUAUACCACAAAUUCUAACCAUACAAUAGAGCAGAAAAGUAAUGUGAAGGACCUGGGAGUGAUAAUGUCAGAGGAUCUCACCUUCAAAGACCACAACAAUGUAUCUACCUCAUCUGCUAGGAAAAUGAUAGGAUGGAUAAUGAGAGCCUUCAAAACUAGGGAUGCCAAGCCCAUGAUGAUUCUCUUCAAAUUGCUUGUGCUCUCUAGGCUGGAAUACUGCUGUACACUAACAACCCCCUUCAAGGCUGGCAACAUUGCAGACCUGGAGAGUGUACAAAGAACUUUCACGGCACACACAAGUGCAAUAAGGCACCUAGACCAUUGGGAACGGUUGAAGGUCCACUGGGAAUGGUUGAAGGUCCUUGAUCUGUAUUUCCUCGAACGCAGGCGAGAGAGAUACAUGGAGGGUUUGGUACCAAACCUGCACACGAAAGUCACUUCCUAUGAAAGCAAAAGACUCGGCAGGAGAUGCAACAUUUCCCCGAUGAAAAGCAGGGGUGCCACGAGUACACUGAGAGACAACACAAUAAAUGUCCGGGGCCCAAGACUAUUCAAUUGCCUCCCAGCAUACAUAAGGGGGAUUACCAAUAGACCCCUGGCUGUCUUCAAGAAAGCACUGGACAGGCACCUAAAGUCAGUACCUGAUCAACCAGGCUGUGGUUUGUAUGUCAGCUUGUGUGUGGCCAGCAGCAACAGCCUGGUUGAUCAGACCCUGAUCCACCAUGAGGCUUGGUCUCAGACUGGGCCGUGGGGGCAUUGACCCCCAAAACCCUCUCCAGGUAAACCAA